UUCAAAGACAGACAAGAUCGGGAGCCAGCGAGAAACGCACGCGGCGCUGGGUCUCGAGAAUCUCGGCGGUUUAUUACCCAAUAUAUAAUGAGAGAGCAGAAGGCGGAAAAUCACAGUCGACAAUUUUCCUAGUAGGCGAGCCGAAAUCUGUGCCAUAACUGAAUACGAAACCCGAAAAAAGUCACAAAACACUAAAGACUAAACCGGGAACCCGAUCGAUCAAUCGGUUUAUAGAAGCGAGUGAACCGUAAAGCGUCUGGGAAGUUAAUCGUGCGUAGAGCAAUCUCCCUAUGAACUUCAUCGCAAAUAUCAUCAAGAGGCCCAAGAGCAUAGCCAGUAGGAAACAGGGGACGGCUAUGGAAGCGACAGAAGGUUUUAGCCCCGCGGAUGAUCGCCCAUCUGAAGGGGACAAUGAAGAAAAGUCAACGGGCUUCCAAGAUCUUAAGACUUUACUGGACUCUGCAUCGGAGGAUCUGCUGCAGUUGGAAAAGCAGCAUUCCGACCUAAUCCUAGGGGCUCCCAUUGAAAACCCACUAGCGAUCCAAGCAAGCAGCAGUAGAGAUACCAUCCAGCAGCUGCUGAUCGAUAUUAAUUUGGAUCUAAACCAAGUCAGUGCCAAUGAAAUGGAGCACUUGCAGGCCAUGAGUGGCGAGCUUAGUCCGCUGGCGGUGAAGCCCACUCCCAAGCCAUCAACCAUGGAGCAGCAGAAGGCUUUGGCCGCUGCUUUGGUCCCCAAGCUGGAUGUGGAGGGCGCAGCUACAAAAUUCGCUGGUCUACCAGAAUUUGAUGAGACUCAGAUCCCGGAAUUAGCCCCACUGAGCGAAAUGGAGGGUCCACUAAAGUCAGAUCAAUCUGACUCAGAUUUGUUUGUGGAAUGCCUGUCGCAGCAUAGCGAGAGGUACACUGGGGAUCGAUCCGAACUGGAGGCCUAUUCCAGUGCUCUCAAUGAUGUGUUGGAGCAACAAUUGUCCAUUACCUCGGCUGCCACAUUGGAGAACACAUUCGAUGACCCGCUAGCUGUCAGCCGGCACAACCUUAGCUAUGAACCCAUGGAUGUGGAUGAAAUUAACGAAACCAUGGAAAUGCUAAAGGACGUCCUCGAUCCGGUGGCUCAUCAGUUGUUGCAGCAACAAUUUGUUGUUAGCGAAUCUCAGCCAAUUCUUGAGGUGAACCCAUUGGCAUUAAAUGUGGAACAAGAAAGAAUGGACGAAUCAUUUGCGAUCCUGGAACAGUUGGAAAUGGUAACUGAAGGGCUGGAACCCACUCCAAAGCUACCCGAAGAGGCAGCUCAAGAAACGGGUGUGAAUUCACCAGCUCUGAAACCCGCACAAAAUGGUGAAGAUACCAUGGAGAAGCUUGACCCAAAGCUAGCGACGUCAAAUCCGCUGCCCAGCCCGAAAGAUGAGGAGAAGCUUCAGGAAAAUCCGCCACCAGCAAUAUUACACACCGAGCAGCAAAUCCAUGAGCCAUUGCAGCCUCAAGAACCGGAUUCAACGUUGCUUCUCCAGGAAACCCAAGAACCUCAAAUGGAAUCUGCUGCCUUAAAGCUAUCUCCACUGGAACAGCCUAGACCAGAGCCAGUGGAACCUCUUAAGUGCGCUGAAUUAAAGCCUGCUGAACAAACCUUUCCGGCAGCAGUACCUCUUUCUCCGCCCGUACCAACGCUUCAGGCCAAACGUGAUGAGUUGCCGCUUUCUCCGCCAAUACCCACGCAUCGUCCAAAGACUGCUGAGGAAUUAGAGUUCCUAGCCCUAAGCGAAUUACCCCUACCCGAUGAUGAACUGAAUGCAGAAAGCCAAAAGCCUGUGGGAGAGCUAGAGCAACAUAAAUCCGUGCCAGUGGCAGCAAUCACACCAGAUCUGCAGCGAUCUACAACUCCUUUGUCUUUGGAGCUUGUUGAAAGCGGCUCUUCCAUUACCAAAGGAAAAACCUCUGGACCCUCAUCGCCCAGCUUCCCGAUCAAAGGACCCGCAGAGGCCCCAUCCCACUUCCCUCGUUCUCCCCACGCUCCACCCGAGCAGGAGGAGAUGACCUACUUGGAGGAAGCUGUUGUGAAACCUUCCUUAGAUCGCAAGCAGGGUGUUUAUGAGGCAGGAGUAAUCGCUAAAUCACCAGUGAUCAUACAGGUAACAGAACCCAGUCCACAGAAACCUGAGCAUUUGAACGAACCCCUGCCCACAAGCGAGGUUUCACCAACGCCUCUGAACGGAACUAUCGUGACGGAGGGUACACCCCUUGAGGGUUCCGCAACCUUCGAUGUAGAUAAGCAUCAGCGGUGCACUUUUUCAUCAAUUCAGGCCACGGAGGAGAAGGAGGAAGGGGACACAUCCCGAAAGACCUUCAAUGUGGAAAAUGAUAAGCCAAGACGCACCUUUUGUCUGACAGAACCCAGCCCACAGAAGCCUGAGCAUCUCAACGAAAUCCUGCCCACUAGCGAUGUUUCACCAACGCCUCUUAACGGAACCUUCGACAGCGGCAGUAGGAUGGAUACCACUCCAGAGUUCGUGACGGGGGGUACUCCCCUUGAGGGUUCCGCAACCUUCGAUGUACGCUUGGGAUCCACAGAUGAGCAUCAUCGGCGCACUUUUUCAUCAAUUCAAGCCACGGAGGAGUUGGAGGCUCCAUCCCGCAAAACCUUUAAUAUGGAAAAUGAUAAGCCAAGACGCACCUUUUGCCUGGAGCAAGAGGCAUCACCAGCUGUUGAGGCCACCGAGGAAUGCAUGGCUGGAGAGGAUUUUGAAGCCAUGGAUGUGGAUGUAUCCAUGCGGGUGGAGGAGGCCACAGUUAUUAGGUCACUUGAGCAGCAGGCAUUCGUUUCAAACUCGCCACCGAUUCCUACACAUCAGAAUUUAAGGCGACCUCCCAUCCACGAAGAUAGUAACUCUCCAGUGUCACCACUUGGAAAUUCCACCGUUGUGUUGGAUCAAGAACAGAAGCUGUCCGCCAAGGAGCAGGCACAUCUGAGUGCCGGCGACGAGAAGGAUGAUGUCUUUGUGGAGCACUUCGGUGCCAUAUCACCAGUCUCAGAUGACAUGUUCAAGACGCCACAGUUCACCACCAGCGGCUUCCACAACCAAGCCAAGAUUAAGGCCAAUGCUGCCGGCGGAAUCGGUGGCGGCACUGCUCCUAUAGUGGGCACUACCAGAGGUGGAGGGCCGGGAGAGGAGGAACAGUGUUUUGAUGCCGAAUUCCAAGAUGGCGCCAGCAACCAAAACCUAAUACUGAACUCAUCAGAUUUUGACUAUUUGUACACGAAAGGCAGCAAUAAUGCGCCCAUCGAUCGCAGUUCGCUGCUGCUAAAGUUCGAUCCGCUCCUAGGUGCCCCCGUUCCUGUGAAUUUGAAGCAGGAACAGGAGCAGGCGUUGCUGAAUAUCCGCGGUUCGAACCAGAACCAGAACAACAGGGUCCUCAGUCCCACGUUGGAAGAGCUCGAGACGAGUGGAGGCAACAGCCAGUCGUUUGCAGUUGAAGUGAGUGCCAAAGAAACCGCCAAGAAGCUGGACUUUAAGCCGCCUGUGGAUAGGACCAAAAAGCAUGCUAAAAUGAGUGUGGACGUCAUUGAUAACGAUUGCAACAAAACCUUCGAUAAUUCCAACCUUAACAAGGAGGACAAGUCCCACAACUACAACAUGGAUGACCUAGAGAAGAAAAUCAAAAAUGAAGUAACCCGAUCAGAGGACAUUGAGAAGAAGCUUAAGGAGGCGGAGCAACGCGAGGAGGCAAGCAUAAAGCGUAUCACAGAGAAGGAUAAGGCAAUUGCAAAGCUUAAUGGCGUUAUCGAGGCGUACGAGAAGGCCAUUGCCGAGUUGAUCAGCGAGAAGGAGCAACAAGCGCACGGCUAUGAGCGGCAGUUGCAGGAUGUACAGACAGACCGGGAUACCAAUUACCAUCACUUAACAUCGCUGGAAACCACAUUCUCCGAUCUGCAUGUGAAAUACGAAAAGAGCAAAGAGAUGACAACGCAGCUUAAGCUCAACGAAGAGUCGCUGCAGGCGGAACGAAAGCAGAUGAUGGACAAUCUGCGGAUGCAGGAACAGCGUUACGACAAGAUGAAAAGCCAUGCCAUGCAGCAGCUGGAAAUUGCCAACAAAAAGCUGGAUCACAUCACGAGGGAGCAUGCGGAUGAGGUGAAAAAACUGAAAGCUUUACUCAAAAAGGAGGAGAUUUCGCGCGUCUCAAUGACGGAGCAGCUGCAACAGAAGACUCGUGAAAACGCCGACCUGCUUAAGAUAUGCGAGGAGCUUAUCUACGGCAAGGGACAAGGUGGUAGUAGUUAAGCUCUGCCCGGAAUGUAUUUUAUACGCUGCUGUAAACGCACACACACAUACACCACACCCUCCAUUGCAAACACUCUCUCAUCCGGCAUGGGAAACACAUCUCUCUGCAUGUCCUUAGGUCUGUAACUUCUCAUCGUCACCUCCAUCCGCAUUAGGCUCUGUCGUGUGCUCGGAACUAAAUGUGAAAGUGCAUAAGCAUAUAUUUUAUCAUUUCGCCAACUUCAAACUGCGCUCGAGAUGAAAUUCAAGGUGUAAUAACACAACAUGCAUAUAUUAUACUAUUUCUAGACUUUUAGUUCUCCCGAAAAUCACUCACUCACUCACACAAGUCACAGGCAGCGGGCAGACCCUUUUGAGUUCCGUUUGAGUUCCACAAGCCUUACAGGUCUGCUCAGGUGGCCCGGCACAUGUUACUAAUUCUCUAUCGUAUAUCGAAUCGGCCUACUGAUUUAUGUUCCAUGAUAUUAUCUGGCGGUGAACUCGGGCCCUUUGCAGCCAGCGAAGCAAAUCGAUAAUGUCCAACGGCAGCGAAACCAGCAAGAAAAUGCUAGCUAAAAAAGAACAGCGUUCGCUUGAGGCGCGCCUUUGCUAAAUGUUUAAGUUUAAAAUUAGUUUAAUUUAAUAAUUGAAAAAUUGUAAUAGUCGUACUAAGCAUUAAAAUCUGUAUUACAUACUAGUACUAAAACAAGGAAGCGUGAAAAACAGAACGAAAAAUUCUUUAAAUACACGCAACAAAUUAUUAAUGGAUAAAAGCCAUACAAAUGUAUAAGUUUUUGUUUGCUUCGAUCGACGCUUUAAUGAUGGUUUGCUCAGCAGAACAAAUACUUGAAUAUAUUUUUUCGAUAUUAUUUAGGCGCCACACGGAAUUUGUUAAUCGUAAAAAUUGCAAUCCUGCUAAAAAUUUAUAUUUUUUUUAGUUUUUGUUUAAAAAGUUUUACAACCGCUAUUUUUAGAAAGUUUUGGUAUAGCAAAAUACUACAACCCCGCUCCCCACAAUCUUUGGAGAACUCUUAAUGAAUUUUACUUCCAUAAUUGACAUUUACUAUACUAUGUAAGGAACACCACACCAGGCAGGAGAUGAAACAUUAAAAAAAACAGAAAUUAUAUACAUACAAGUUUGUACCCGGUCCAUGUAAUCUGAAAAAUGCUACUUCAUAAUAUAUAUAACGGCAUA